AUGCCCGACCCCCUCUUCUCAGACCUCAUCCUCCCCCAACGGGAGCAACCCUCCAUGUCGCAACUCAUGGCCUCUCUCAAGCGCACGACGCUCACCAUCCACAACCGGCUCACCAGCAUCCGCACCGACUCGGAGUUUGUGCGCGAGGUGUCUCUGGCCUACGGCACGAGGCCUCUCGUCGCUAAUGAGCGCUGCGGGAGCUGGUAUGUCCCGCCGGCGCGCAAGGCGGGGAGUGCGUACUUUAAGAGCACGGAUGGGCAUGAGAGGGCUUGGAAGUUUAGUACGAGGAGGUUGAAUAUGCAUUUGGUCGAGUUGAUUGAGAAGAAUGAUGGCAUCAUCAUUGUCGACUCUACCCGUCGUGGCAAGCGAAUGCCCGACGCAAUCUCAUCUACAAUUCCCAUCUGGUGCACGGUCCUCAACCUCACCCUCCUCCCCUCCAACCCAUCCUCAUCUAGGCUCUUCCUCCCCCCUCACCUCCCGGCGACAACCCACGCCCAGAUCUCAGCUCUCAUCCCAGAGUUUGUAGCCUCUCUCAAAGCCCUCAAGCUGGACCUGCCAACCUGUCUGACAAAACCCCUGCGCCCUGUAUGGGUUACCCCGGACUCUUCUCUCCCAGCUGAGGAUGAUGCUCCUACUUCCAUCUUUGACGAUUUUCGUCCGGUUAUUUGCUGCACGGCCAGUCGACGUGUAGUGGGUAGUGAGAUGGAUGAGGGAGGAUACAUCCAGGGCGCAGCGGACGACACCGAGAUGUGGGCACAUGGUCUCACAGCGCCCUUAUUUUGGGAAAACAUGGACACCCUCCUCGAAACACCAGAGGCUGAGCUUCCAGAUCUCAUCACCAGACUCGUCAGUGAGAACGAAGCCGGUAAAAAGGAUGAGGGAAACCGUGUACGGCUCACACCACGCAUUUCUGUCUGUGCCCUUCCCCUCGCCGCUCCAACUGAUCCCGCCGAGUGCCGCAUCGCCCUGACACAGGAGGUAACACCAAAGGACUCAUGGGUCCAGUCCAAGUCGUACAUGAAGGCCGGUCUCGGCAAGAGCAAAGCGGCCAGUCGUAAUCUCCGCCCUGGCUUGCCAGAUAUCUGCACCUUUGCGUCCAACUACCUGGCGGGGUCUGACCAAGGACGCAUCGUGAUUGCUUGCGAGUCGGGCAAGGAUUUGUCUAUAGGAGUGGCACUGGCAAUUUAUUGCUACCUGUUUGACGACGAGGGCAACCUUAGAAUCCCAGGGGCCGAUGUCUCAUUCACAAAGACCCUCAUCAAGUCGAGACUGGGCUUCAUCAUGACAACCUACCCCGCGGCGAACCCCAGCCGGUCUACGCUGCAGAGUGUCAACAGCUUUCUCAUGGAUUGGCGAAAGUAA